AGUUAUUUUACAAAACAAGCUUCAUUUUGCCAAUUUAUAAAUUGCUUUGGAAUUUCAUCCAAAGGUCUUUAAAAAGCACGUUGGCCUUGGUGCUGGUGCAUCACAUAAAUCACAGAUGAAACAAACAAGCCAGUUUCCUACUCAAGGUGUGUCUGUAGUCCUGACUGCGUGCCAGGGGCUCUAUCUGGCACAUUUCUUAACUUUGCAAAAUUAAUUGUGCCGAAGAGAACACCAUCAAACGCGUCCGGCAUACAGCGUAAACAUCUUCAGACCGUGAUCCUGCGCCAUCAAACGCUCUCCAGCUAAUUUCAUUUGGUCAUUACUCUGGAAGAAAACCGAGGCCAAGUGAAACUGCGGAAAUGAGAACAAUGUACGGAGGAAAAAUCUCACCCCAUUAAGGGAUCCGUUUCUGCUCCGCACAAAUAAGCCCACCCCGCCUCGGAGGCAAGACUAGAUGGCUCCAGGAUAUUCUCGGCGCGCCCGCGGGCCCUCUCGGGCAGGGGAGUCCCGCACCCAGCAGGAGGGCGGUAACGCCAGCGGCGGCGCCUCGGCCCUGGGCUGUUUAGGUAAUUCGCAAAGUCUCAACAAUCAUCCCCCUCUCCCAGAAGCUGGUUUUCGUGUGUGCAGUGGUAACAGAGGCGGCGAAAACACCGUCCCGCGCUUUCCUCUCCUCAAGGCACUGUUUGCAGAGGCAGCAUUCGGGGAGUCGCGGUUCUCCCCGCAGGGCCGUCGCGCACUGGGCCUUUCGCGAGGAUUUGCCUGGGCUCAGCCGCCUCGCUCUCCCCUGCGCUUCCAUGACCUUCUGUGAGCAGCCUCACCACCGGAGGCUCGGAGGAAGCACCACCCUCGGCGUCCGGGGCCCGUCGCGCGGUCGCGUUCCUCCGACUGCCUGGAGCAGCCCCGCGGGCGCGCGGGCGCGCGGUCGGGG